CGGCCCCAGGCCCGGGAGGGCACUGCUGGCGCGGCGCCCCGCGGAGACCGUGGGCGGGGUCGUCACCGCCUCCUCCGCGGCGCUUGUGGGCGGUCGGGUUCGCCAUGGGGCAGUGCCUGCCCUGCUUGGGGAGUGCCGUCAAGGACGUGGUGGAGACGCCCGACCCGGAAAUAAAAAGAAGACAACUAGCAGAAGCUGCUGAAAAGAGGCAGAUGGAGGCUUCCUCUCGAGGUAUUAAGAAUGCUUACUCUGUAGAGCAGAAGAAAAAGAAACAAGAAGAAAUAGAAAGAAGAAUUGCAGCUUCAUGUCCUGGAGGAGAAGGAAGACUGAGAUGGCAGGUUGGAUAACACAUAACUUCUGAAGAAAGAUGAUUGACGUUUACUGCCAAUAACUUGUCGGUUUCUGCAGCCAAGUGGCACUUACUCAUCAUGUGGCUUUUGCUAUUUACAUCUGAAAACUCAGCAGUAUGUUGCCAUUGUGGGACAAUGGAUGUGGAAACAUUCAUAAAGAAACUUAAAAACUAAUCUGAGCACUGUGGUUUUGCCAAUUUUGUUUGUUUGUUUUCCAUGCAUAUUUUAUCGCUUCCCUGUCAAGACUUCCUGUCAGCUGGAUGUGGCCUCCUUACAUAUAGUCAGUCAAUAUGUAUAUACUGUCUGGUCAGUUGAUGUCUGUCUGUCUGACUAGCCUGAGGAAGCUCAGGUGCCCAUGUGUUGGUUUUGAUGGUUAUUUCAAGCUCUACAAUUAAACUUGGUCUCCAAGUCCUCAUGUAGAAAGUUUUUCAUAUAUAUAUAUAUAUAUAUAUAUAUGUAUGUAUGUAUUUGAAUUUGCAGAUGACAGGAUUUCUUUUCUGUUUCCUGAUUACUCUUGGACUGCUUAGAAAUUUAGUGCCUUUUUCAAAAAAAGAAGAGUAGAGUCAUGGUGGGUCUUUACAAAUGGAAUAAUUUUGUGAGUAGUUAAAAAAAAAAUAGAAACCUUUAUAAAUCCUGUGUACUUAGAUCAAGAAUGCUGUUUUAUUUGUGUGUAAUAAUUGUUCUCAUAUUUUCAUGUGGAUUUCUUUUGAGUCUGUAAGUAUUUGUAAUGAACACUGAAAGUUAAACACGAAAUUAAAAAUCCUGUUAUUAGUUGUUUUCAUUUAUUACCACAAGAGGGCAAUGCUGCCCUUCUCAACAGCAUUGAAAAUAAACUGGAAAACAGUU